GCUCUUUCCUCUCUCUAAGAGAAACAGCUCUCUCUUUUUCCCAUACAAGCAACAAAUCUGAACAUCAUCUCCUUUUGUGAAGUAGCGGCCGCUUUUCGCUCUCAUUGACUUUAAACAUGUGAUUUGUGUCAUUUUCUCUACUAAUGAAGUGUUUCAAGAAGACUGUAAAUUAUACUAAACAGAACAUUUAAAAACUAAGACCCGAUGAUUUUAAUAACUUGCAGUUAAUUUGGUUAGGAAAGUUGAAAAAUGUUUGAAAAUUUAUUUAGAGAAACACUUGUUGAAUUACGUUAUACCCUUUAAGUUAUAGUGUGCAAACGAAGAUUUAAGGGGUUGGACUUUAUCAUUCUGUUUUUUGGAGUAUGAACAGAUUUCAAAAUGUAUUUUUGAUGUGCAAAGAAGCAAGAGUAAGAAGUUGAGAAAUUUUGUAAAAUGUUUACCAUGAGGCUUGUUCAUUAGAAGCAAUGCAUAAACGAAUUCUAAUCUUCAUUUUAGUCCUGAGCACUUGUGAUGCUGGCAGAUACGGAUGCCCUACCAGAGCACAAAUUAAACCUUGCAUUUGUCAAGAGAAAUCAAGAGGAUUGGACAUAUCGUGCGAGAAGGCUAAUGCCGAACAGCUCAGAGAAGCUAUGGCUAGUAUAGCUCAAACCAAACAGGGAAUUUGGUACCUGAAAUUCCGCAACAACCGUCUCGUCAAUUUACCGUCCCAAAUCUUGCUGGGUUUGGAUGUUCGUCAUUUCAUUGCACUGCACUGUAAUCUCACUUCAAUAGAUGAAAACGCUUUUACGGGUAUUGCAGCCAGGCUUGAAACAUUAGAUUUGGCACAAAAUGAAUUUGAACGAAUACCUAGCCGAGCCAUUGAAAAUCUAUCAGUUUUGGUCUCUCUGAACUUCAAUUACAACAGAUUAGAAAUCCUGCACGCUGAAGCCUUCAAAGGUUUACAUUCGUUAUUGAGGCUUUCGCUUUAUGGUAAUCGAAUUAAAUUCAUCGACAAUUUGGCAUUUGUCGGAAUUGGUUGGAACCUGACACGAAUAAAUCUUGGAGCCAACCAGUUGACUGCCGUGCCAUCCAGGCCUCUCAAGAAUCUAUCCCUUCUGCAAAGACUACAAUUGCACGAAAAUCAAAUAGAAGCAUUAUUGCCAGAAGAGUUUGCCAACAUGGGAGGAGACUCACUGGAUGUUUUAGAUUUAGCCAACAACCGAGUUCAGAUUUUGCCAACCAGGGCAUUCAUGUCACUUCAUUUGUUGAACUCGCUCGAUUUAGAAAGAAAUCUCAUUACGUCUAUAGAUAUUCACGCCUUUGAAGGAAUCGAAAAUUCUCUGGAAUGGCUGAAACUUGGAGUUAAUCGCCUGGAAGAAAUUCCAUCACAAUCCCUGAAAAAUUUAAGCCGAUUAAGACAGCUGGACUUGAGAGGAAACAAUAUAUCAAGAGUUAAAGAAGAUGAUUUUAGACCUUACGGGAAAAACUUAAAAUUUAUUUAUCUUCAAAAUAACUGGUUAAUUAAUGUCGACCCAACGUCAUUAAUCACUUUAGAUUCUCUGGAAUGGUUACAUUUACAAUCUAAUCAGCUCAACACCUUCCCAUACGAAACUUAUGCUCCGGUUUUAAAUACAUUACAGGUGUUUGAUAUACAUGACAAUCCAAUUCAUUGUGACUGCAAAAUAGCAUGGUUGAGAGAUUGGAUUCAGAACAAAGGAGCUGACAUCGUUCAAGUUCCCGAAGAGACAAAAUGUGAAACUCCCGAAGAGUAUCAAAACUUGCAACUAGCGGAAAUUCCAGAUGAUCAACUCGUGUGUGUUUCGCACGGAGAACGUCUAUCAACACCUUAUAAUUCUGUAAUUGCAUCGGUAACGUUGACCUUGGUUUUUCUAAUGGUAACUUAAUUAAGAAAUAUAAACUACUGUCAAGAAAGUGACCAAUUAAAUGAUAAAAUACUUGGAAUCAGUAUUUAAAUAAGUUUCCAUUCAAAGGAUAGAAUUUAUUUCUGAACCUGAAACGUUAAGAAUUAGGAUGUAUAACAAAAUUAAUGAAAUUUAGAUUUGAGUGAAACAUUGAGAAAUUGAACUGAUAAAAAAAUGUUCUUGUAUUUCUGCUCAAGGCAUAAAACUUAUUUCUGAUCAUAAAACGUCAACAAAUGGAUUGGUCUAUAAAAUUAGUGCAUUUUUUAUCAACGAAUUUAUCAUAGCAAAAUUGUGUUAAUAAGCAAAA